UACAGUCCGCUGACCCGAGAUGAUGAGAUAAGGCUAUUGGGAUUACAACCUGGCAAGAAGACUCAGCGGAUCAUUAUCAGCCUAAAGCAUGUCAUACUCGAUGCAAGUGUUAGAUAUGAAGCUUUGUCUUAUGAAUGGAAAUCGGAGGAGGGUAGCGAAACCGUACAAUGUGGAUCUUUCUCAAUCGCAGCAACAAAAAAUUUGAUUAGAGCCUUGAAAGCUCUUCGGCACCCGGAUAAGCCGAGAUGGCUCUGGGUUGAUGCACUUUGCAUCAAUCAAGAGGAUAUAGACGAAAAGAGCAAACAGAUUCCUAUGAUGCGCGAUAUAUACUCCGGUGCGACUAUCGUCCUUGUCUAGUUGGGAGAAGGCAGCGUUAUGACUAAGGCGGCUCUUGAGGUCAUUCAAUCAUUGGCUUUGAUGUGUCUACAGCGACUCGAAGGUCAUCUACACGAAACUAUGGUUCCAGGAAUUGCGCAGAUACUGAGAGAACGACCAAAAAGUUCUCUGUUCACAUCUGAUAAGGAUGCGUUUUUGACCUCGAUACGGCCUGACAGUCCUCAGGCAGUAAAGCCUUACACUCUUCCUCGACGUCCAAAACUGAGUGAUGACGUUAUCUUCAGAUUUAAAGAUAGAAAAUUGUGGAAGAAGAUUGACGGCAUGUUUGCUAGUAGCUAUUUUAGUAGAUCAUGGGUCAUACAAGAGGUCGCUGUGGGACGGGAAGUGUUCAUCGUCUGCACGGAAUGGGCAAUCCCCUGGGAGGUGUUUGCCCGCGCUUAUGAAGGACGAUCUGUGCUACUCUUUCACUCUAGAAAUGAACAUUCUCAGCUUGACUCCGGACUUGCUUUUUCUGGAAUCAAGGAUGCUCGACGACGUUACAAAGAUCCAGAGGUUGCCUGGGAUCUUGCUUCCGUUCUGGCUACUUUCAACUACUGCAAGCAAACUUAUCCUCAAGAUCAUAUUUACGCCGCUUUGGGGCUAGUCAAAGUAAGAUCUUCGAGUGUUCCUGCAAUUAUACCUGACUGCAGAAAGAAGGCAGAGGAGGUUUUCCUUGAAACCGCAACUUCAAUUAUCAAUGAACGUCAGGAUUUGUACCUUUUGGGUACCCAAACUCUAUCUAGCAGGCGCACUAUGAAGUCGUUACCUUCUUGGGUUCCUGACUGGACUGCUGCCCCUACCGAAGCAGCAACUGAGUACUACAGCGGCGCGUUUGCGGGUUUAUUUUCAGGGCAUCCAACGAUAUAUGGCCAGUCUCUCUGCGUGCAAGGUCACAUUCUUGAUGAAGCAGACCAUAUUCUUCCCAUGGAAGGAGGAGAUAAACUCAUCGAAAUUUUCUCAAGAUUGGCUGAUGGCCUCUUGGGCAAAACUAUAUACGGACCUUUCGGUUCCUACUUGGGCCGUAGCAAUGGGAGUCUUGAGGAUGCAGCACCCAUAUCUUUGGCAAUCAUCAAUAUCAGCAAGAAAAUAAUCCGCUUUGUAACGCUCCUGGCAUCGGUUCUGACGGAUCUAGAACAGUUGAUAUAUGCCCUAGAUUGUGUCGUCUUGCCCCCUCAUCCUCUAGAUAGCUCUAUCCUGUGUCUAGAGGCCCUAUGGUCAGUUUUCAAGCCUCAUUCACGUAUCCGGCCACGUCCGUCAAGUCCGCCGGGAGAGAAACUUUACCUCGCCGUCUGCUGGGUCGAUCUCAUGAUGUUCCAAGGUUGCCUGACAUCGAUGCCUCAUACGCUUCCAAAAGGCUUCGAGAUGUGGGUGCACGCCGUACUAACUAUUCGACACUCCCAAAACAAUGCAUUGACGAGACAACUUCGCGAGUUAUGCGCUGAGCAUAUCGAGACUGCCAUUGUAAAAGAAGAAUAUCGAUCAUACACCAAAGAAGAUCUGAUUUUGACCAAAAGGGGGUAUCUAGGAAGGGUGCCAGAGGGAGUCGUGAAGCGUGGUCAUGUAGUCACAAUCCUUGGAGGUGCUUUUGUUCCUUACGUCCUUGAGAAACGCGAAGAUCACUACUGUCUAAUCAGUCAUGUUUAUGUGGAAGGAAUUAUGGACAUGAAGACCUUACCCAAAGACAUGAAGCUCGAGCGGAUUCAUAUCAAAUGAGAAUCGUGGACGAGAAAGGUAACGCAUGGCCACUUUCCUAAGUUCCCUACAAUUUCAGCCUGCAGUAAUGAAUAUUAGUGCGAUGAGGCGGAUGCGAUAACUACUUCGGCGGGCGUGAAAGUGGAUAGGCGGUGAUAGUUAUGGUUGUCACAUAUUAAUACUUAGAUACUAUUUUACGUAAUUAGGGCAUGAUUUGUCUCCUUUCCCUCUUACAGCCCUUUAUUAUUACACUUUAUGCUAGAUCUAGGAUAUGACUUUCAAGUUAUCGGAUAUACUAAAAGAAAAGUGCUCUUAUUAAUUAAUAAUGGGCUAGGGGUUAGGAUGUGUGAGAUAAGCUUUUUAUAAUACUAUCGAGAAUUCGGG